CCAGGUACUAGGUGAGCUAAGCACUCUGCCUUUAAUGCGUAUAGGGAGCGGCGGGCCUGCCUAAUGGGCUGAUCUCCUGACAUUAACAUUGUUAUCAACAUUGUUAUCUUAACACCCAAUUAGUACAUUGUAAUACACUUCACUGACUUGUUUUUUUUCUUCUUGUCUUUCAGAAAAUGUCUUUUGCUCCCCUUUUCCAUUUCGAACCCUCUUCCUCCGAGCUCACCCUUCGCCCCUCUGAUGCCGCUGACGCAGUGGCAAGCAAACGCCAGGCCUCUGCCACUGGGUCUCAGGUGAAGAGGGGUGAUGUGGUUCGAGCCGAGGCGAGGGCCAGAGCCCUGCAGAAGGGUGGCAUGUCGGGCGAGUUUGUGCUGGCGGAGAGCGAGGUGCAGUUUGGCCUGUACCGCGGUCAAACUUUCAAGUGGCUGCUGGGAAAUGCGGUGGGGUACGCCGUCACCAUCUUGGCGUCCCACCAGAUGGAGAGAGAGGGAGGGGACACCAGCAAGUCGCCCCUCAUGGAGAACAAGGACGCCCUCGCCUCCUACGCCGGGCUGUUCCCACCCAUGGUGACGGCCGUCGCCAGGCGUAGGUUGUGCGAGGGCUCCGCGUCUUCCAGGGGCUGGACGACGCGCUGGUGGGGUUCGGGGUGCAUUCGCACCGGACCUACAAGUCCCUGUAUGGCGAGCGGGACCAAGAGAGUUGAACAGUCCGACAGCGCUGCUGCUCCUCCUCCUCCUCCUCCAUCAAAGAGGAAGAGGAAGCACAGGGGGACGCCACACAGGGUUACCCUGUGCCGCUUCAAGUCUCGCCUAAGGCAGGACACCCGGGUGCUGGAGGAGCAAAAGGGGAAGCCCCAAUGCCAGCCGGGGGACCCCUGCCCCACGUGCGCCCAACCCAGGACCCUGGACACGGGGCACGCGCUCUACAAGAGCAGUGCGUACUGCGAGUCGGAGGCGGCCUCACCGCUCGUGAGUGGCUCAUCAGCCAACAGGCCCCGGAGGACGCCGGGAAGGUGCCCAGGACCACCCUGUGGAACAUCGCCCGCAGGAAGGAGGAGCAGGUCGGCGGCUCCUCUUCCCCUCGACGCAAACUGCCAGCGGUGCCUCCAGCCGGCGCAGAAGGACUUUGGCCACAGCCGGUUCGAUGGGGAGAGUUUCUGCUCCCUCUACGCCGGCAAAGGCGUAGACCUGUGGCUGGCCGAGAGGAGGGACCGCAAGAGGCGAAAGCCAAAGAGGAAGCAGAGGAAGCAGCGGGAGGAGAGGAGGGCGAAGGGCCCGGCGUCAGACCCUGGAGAGGAACACAGCCCCGGCAGAGUGUGAGGCUGCUCCUCCCCGGGAACCCCCCUCCUGUGUUGUGCUUGUUUUUAAUUUAAUAAAUCUAUUUGUAUUACACACGCUUGUCCCUUCUUUUUACUUUAAGCAACAAGUCCACAACAACAAUGAUAACAAA